GACCCGAUCUUGUCCGUAAAUUUCUUUAUUGCAAUUCCUACAAAGAAGAAGCUACUAGAAACUGGAAUUCAAUGGCAUCAAUGAAUGAGGAUUAUCUUCAUCAACAACAACAAUUAACGCAACAAUAUAACACGGGUGAAGGCAACAGUAGUUUGUGUACAACUUUUGGAAUGAGCACUGGAUUGGGUUGGUAUGUGCUCGCUCAAGACCAACAGCAACUAGGCCCGUAUACAAUAUCUGAGUUGCGUGAGCACUACUCUGCUGGAUACUUACUGGAGAAUACACUUGUAUGGUCCCAAGGAAGGAGUGAAUGGGAACCACUGUGCUCGAUUCCUGGAUUGCUGACUGAUGUACCUGAGCAGAGCACUGGUGGUACAAAUUCAGUUCCUUUGACUUCAAAUGACCCUUUGGAUGAGUAUGAAAAGUUUCAGAAGGAAGUGAAAGAGGCAGAGGACGAGCAAGCAGCCGAGGAGGAUCAAAGGCCUUCAACUCCUCCAGAUGGUGAAGAUGAGUUCACCGAUGAUGAUGGAACUAGGUACAAAUGGGAUAAAGCUCUUAAAGCUUGGGUACCUCAGGAAGAACCCACCGAGAAAACUGACUAUCGUCUAGAAGAUAUGACUUAUGCUGAAGAGGAGGAACUUUUCCCUACAUUGCCCGCUGAUGAUACUUCUGGAAAUAAGAACAAGAGCAUGGAUAACAUUGGAACUGAUAACACUGCUAGAGAUUCAACUGAAACCACAGCAGCAACAAAUAACGCCAAGAGAAAACUGCCUGAAAAAGACGCUGAAAAGAAGGAAGCGAAUAAACCUCCAGAUAGCUGGUUCGAAUUAAAAGUCAAUACUCAUGUCUAUGUUACAGGGUUGCCAGAAGAUGUCACUGUUGAUGAGGUGGUUGAAGUCUUUUCGAAGUGUGGGAUCAUAAAGGAGGAUCCAGAAACACAAAAGCCUCGAGUGAAGAUUUAUUUUGAUAAAGCAACUGGAAGGAAGAAGGGUGAUGCACUUGUUACAUAUCUAAAGGAGCCUUCAGUUGAUCUAGCCAUUAAGAUUUUGGAUGGUGCACCUUUUCGGCCAGGUGACAAAAUUCCUAUGACAGUUACGCCAGCAAAGUUUGAGCAAAAAGGGGAAAGGUUCAUACCCAAGAAAUCGGACAACCGCAAGAAGAAGAAACUCCAAAAAGUUGAGCAGAAGAUGCUUGGCUGGGGUGGUCGGGAUGACUCAAAGAUAUCGGUUCCAGCUACUGUUUUGCUUCGCUACAUGUUCGUACCAGCUGAAUUACGGAUGGAAGAGAAUUUGUGUUCUGAGCUACAACAAGAUGUCCAAGAGGAGUGCUCAAAGUUUGGUCCGGUGGACUUAGUAAAGGUAUGCGAGAAUCAUCCACAAGGGGUUAUUUUAGUCAAAUUUAAGGAUAGAAGGGAUGCACAUAAGUGUAUUGAGGCGAUGAAUGGACGCUGGUUUGCUGGUAGGCAAAUCCAUGCUAGUGAGGAUGAUGGAUCUAUUAACCAUGCUUUAGUCCGAGAUAUAGAUGAAGAAACUGAUAGAUUGGAGAAGUUUGGAGAAGAACUUGAAGCUGAUUCAUAGAUGUGUUCUCUAUGUGGAAAUAGUAGCAACACUUAUUUUUGCUUGCUAUACAAUCCAUGUGUCUACGCGCUCUUUGAAUAGGAACCCGUUUUCUAAAUGAUCCUGGCGUUCGUACUUUGUUGACUUUCCGAGAUCUUGCAAAAAGUGGGUUUGUAGAUGUGAUAGGUUCUGAGCUCGUGGCACUUCAACUAGACUUGUAAUUGCAAGUAAUAGGCAAUCUCCUAGUUUUCUUUGGAGCAACAUGUGACAAGAUCAACUGGAAUGAGGAAGUAAUCUUUUUUUGCCUGGUGAAGUGGUGGAGUAGAAUUUUCACUAGUGCUUGACUUCUGCUCUCAGACUGAACGUGAUAUGCUCUGUAAUUAAUGUAGCUGCAAUAUUGGUUCGAUUAUUACUCUUUGUUCGCUCCCAUUCCAAACCAGGGUAUCAAACUUGUAUGGUAUACUUUGCUGUGAAAUGUACUUUUAUGUUUAAAAAAUAUCGAAAUUCCUGCAGGA